CGGCCUCGCGAUUGGCGGCGGGAGCUUUGGCGCCAGCUUCGGGGCGGGCGGCGGCGCUGACAGGAGGCCGGGAGGGACGAUGGAGGCCGCGCCGGGCGGCUCCUACCGCCGCCGCCUCCUGCUGCUCUCGCCGGCCUCCCCCGCCGCCGUCAAGGCGCUGUUCCCCGCCGAGCUCUCGCCGGUCUCCGACCUCCGCCUGACCAUGGAGCAGCUGGGACGCGGCUCGGCCGGUCAGCACGAAGACGCUGAACAAGAUCCGGGAAACAAGAACACCAGCGGUCUGCAAAGAACGGUGUCGUCGGAGUCAACAGACUCAGGUUGUGCUUUGGAUUCACCCAGUCCUCUGACCUCCAACGACAUCAUGGAGGAGACGUUUGAGAAAGCGAUUCUUGAAUCUAGCAGACUGAACAUUCGACUGCCUCUCAGAAGAAUACAUUCACUGCCACAGAGGCUCCUGGGAUCCAGUCCUGCUCUGAAGAGAAACCACUCAGAUUCUCUGGAUUGUGAUGCUUUUCAACUCUUAGAGCAAAAUGAAAACAAGGAGAAUGAAUCAUUUGAGUUUAAGAAGCCAACCAAACCAGCUUCUCGUAGUUCUGUGCACGUCCGUUCGCAUGAUGGAAAAGGUGUUCCUGGACAAAGGCAGAAUUCCUGCUCAGCUCAGGGAUUUCCAUCUAACGAAAUACCCACGGGUGAGCUGGAAAACCACAGGUCAGCUUUCCAGCAGCAGUCUUCUCUAACUUCCUCUGAAAGCGAAGAUGAUGAUGGAUUCCUAGAGCUCCUAGAUGAGCAAGAUUUGAAGAACGAUGAGGAGAUGCCAUCUGACGUGGCAAGCCUCUGGACUGCACCGCUAGUCAUGAAGAAAACGGACAAUCGGGCCAAACGAUGCCGGUUGUUUGGCUCUUCAUCUCUGCCCAGUGGUGUAGGCAGAACUACCCAGAAAAGGAUAGAGAGAUCGCAGGAAGAGAAUUCUCCAGGGAAAAGCAAGAAGAGGAAAAGCCUGCCCGGAACACCAUCCGAAGACGCAACGAAUUUGAAGAUAGUAAAGACACAAUCCUCUGCAGCAGAGAUUGAAAGCAUUUUGGACAGUGAUCAGAGAGACCUUAUUGGUGACUUCUCAAAGGGUUAUUUGUUCCACACUGUUGAUGGGAAGCAUCAAGAUUUAAAAUACAUUGACUCGGAAAUGAUUGUGUCUGUGCUGACUGGAAAAUUUGCAAGCUUCAUCAAGGAAUGUGUGAUAAUUGACUGUAGAUACCCAUAUGAGUAUGAAGGAGGACACAUUAAGGGUGCCGUAAACCUACAUAUGGAAGAGGAUGUGGAAGACUUCUUGCUGAAGAAGCCAAUCCUGCCGUCGGAGAACAAACGGGUGAUCAUAGUGUUCCACUGCGAGUUCUCUUCAGAGCGGGGCCCACGGAUGUGCCGGUUUGUGAGAGAGCGGGACAGGCUGGGUAACGAAUACCCCAACCUCCACUACCCAGAGCUGUAUGUCCUGAAGGGGGGCUACAGGGAUUUCUUCCUAAGGUGCCGUAGCUUCUGCGAGCCCCAGAGCUACCGCCCCAUGCACCACGAGGACUUCAAAGAAGACUUGAAAAGAUUUCGCACCAAAAGCCGAACCUGGGCUGGAGAGAGGAGCAAAAGGGAACUGUACAGCCGCUUGAAGAAGCUCUGAGGGCCGAAGGGAUGAGCAAAGACUGCGCGCUGCGGGGUCGGGGGGAGCUGUAGCGGGAGGGAAGCUUGCCUGCUCCUUGCUGGUGGUUACAGGGUGCCAGCCCUCUCCUCAUCUGUCCUAAUGGUAACGCUGCGGCCGCAGGCUUGAACCGAGCAACCCAGGUACCGGCUGGAAGCCGACUGCUGAAUAUUCUUGUUAUGCUGCCUCAAGGAAACGGCUUCUCACGCUCUGUGACCUCCACAAACUGUCCAACAGCCUGCCCCAGGAGGCUGGGAGGAGGCUGUCCUCUGCGGCGUACGUGGGGCUUGGCCUGGCAUGUGGUGUGAGGGGAGAGGAUAUUUUAGUGCCUGUUAGUUUUUUAAAUGCCUUAUUUUAUUUAAAUACAGUCAAAUGAAGCUAAGACCGCUGCAGUUGAAUCAUCUGGAUUGUACUCAAACUUUUUCUGCUGAAGGGCAGCCUGCUGUUGGGGGUGCGGGUGGAGGUUUAAUUCUUUUUCUCAGCUGCAGCUUGGGUUGUGUUCUGGUAGCGUAACGCAUGGUGGUGCAGCACGAUGGGAAACGCUCCCUUACAGCCAGGGCUUCCACGUCGCUGAGCUCCCGUGUUACGCUGAGGGAAGCCUCCUGAAGAAAUACCUAUGGGGAAAUUGCUUUUUUUACUUAGAUAUCAUGUUCACCUCAUUUACUUAAUCUCAAUUGCUUUAUUUUGUAUUAACUUGAAUUUAGCUGCUGCUUUAGUUCUAAAGAAAUCGGUGUCUCAAAGUCGUCAAUCUCUGGGAACUGAAGUUAAUUCAGGAAUGGACUGCCGUGGGUGAUCCCAGGGACACCAGGUGGCAAAGCUGUCACCGGUGUUCUCAACAGCAGCGUUUGCUGCUGCUGCUCCCUCCCAGGCUGUGUGUUAGUCUCAUGAAAUGUGUCCAGAAGAGAGCCUGGCUGGGAGGGACCAGGCUCAUGCCAUCAGCGCGCCUCCGUGAGGCUGCUCUGAAGCUGCUCCUGCUGCCGUGGGUUUGGCUUCAGCCAGCUCUCCAGCAUCCAAGCCUCUCCUGGCAGGAGAGGCAGGAAACGCAAUUAAUUGCGGAAGGAAGAAGAAUUCCUCGGGUAGUUUUGUACCCUAGGGCUGAGCCGUACGAACUGCCCACCUAAAGCAGGGCUUGCAGUUCCGUGGCAUAGCAGGGACCUAAAACCUGAAGUGCCUAAAACAGCUUUGCUGCCCCUUCUUGUGCCACACCCACAGAACCUGGCGGCGGCUCAGUGACUUGAGGCUGAGGCCAGCCGCUUGCCCCAGCAGCGCCGUGCUCGCUGUAGCUCAUCUUCCUGACGGCCGAGCACCCUGGUGAAACUCGCGCAGGCUGGGAGCAGCCACAAGUCCUGGAACCUGCUGUUACUUCAGCAGAAAUCCACAUUUUCCAUGGCUUGGCUCGCUCUGCGUGAGCCAGUCUUGCCUGCUGUUACAUCUGUGUCAAAGAAUUGACUUGAAACAGAGGUGUCUUGUGCGGGCUUUUAACUUGACUUUUUAAAAUUGUUUCUUAAAACCUGCCGUUAAUCCUCCUGAGAACAGAAAGGGUGGGCUUUGAACUCUGACUUUCUCAUUUAAAAAAAUAAUUGAGCUCUGUUUCAGCAAAAAUUAUUACCUUGAGGGGGGAGAUGAAAUGACACGUCAGAAAUCAUGACGGCCCCGGUGCUCUUUGCGUGUGUCCCAUGUCUUAUGAGGUUUUGAACUUCAGAGGAAGCCAGUGAGGCCUGGGGGGGCUGCACUGCCAUGGGGGUUGCCUGUUGUGGGGCACAGGCAGCACCCUGACCAACCCAAACUGCUUUUAAGUGGUAAAGAAUCAGUUUUAGCAAUACAACUGCCACAUGGGCUGUUUGAGUGCAACUUUGUAAACAAGCACGUAGUCACUCUGUGAAAGUUUAACUUGCCACAUUCAAAAAAAAAAAAAAAAGAACCAAAAAUGGGUGGAGGGGAAUAGAUGUGAGUGGUGAUGCUCUUUUGAGAUUACUUAUUUGCAGUUUCUGGAGUAGCGCAUUGUAGCGAUCUGUGGCUUUAGUUGUGCUCUGUGCAAAUGCCCCUGCCUUGCUCGGUAUCCCGAGCUCCCUGAUAUUCAGGAAGCAAACUGCUGUGGGUGUUACUGCCAGAGCAGAGCAGCAUCAGAGCACGGAGCUGCAGCGCGUGCUUUGAUCAGGAAUGCCUCUGGCCCUGCUGAGGUGGGCACGCGGCCCCUCGCCUUACCCCCAGCCCUGUUCCUGUGUGUACUGUGGUGAGCCCUGUGGGUGUGCAGGAGAAAGCUGCGCCGUGUAUGUUUCCAACCAGGAUCUGUACUAUAUCAGCCUGCGACUGCAAUAAUAGACUGCUGCAGGCAAAGAGAAUAAAGUACUUGAACUCCA